ACAGAAACGCCCUGCACACGUUCACUAACUAGUGCAGUGACAUUGGAUAGUGAAAGCAAGCGCUAAUCGAUCGCGCAGACAGCCUCCGACCGAUGAGCCAUCCCCUAUGCCUUCUUUCGGACUCCACGCUUGAAUAAAAGGCCGUUUUUGUUCGUGUACCAGCAUGAAUUCUGCCGGACUGCUGUGUGAAACCGAGCGGCCGCGGCACCGUCCUUUCCUGAUCGGUGUGAGCGGAGGAACGGCCAGCGGAAAGUCCACAGUGUGUGCAAAAAUCAUGGAGCUUUUGGGUCAGAAUAAGGUGGAUCAUCACCACAGGAAGGUCACCAUCGUCAGCCAGGACAGUUUCUACCGGGUUCUCACCCCAGAACAGAAGGCCAAAGCUUUGAAAGGCCAGUACAACUUUGACCAUCCAGAUGCGUUUGAUACGGAGCUGAUGUGUCAGACACUGAAGGACAUCGUAGAAGGAAAGGUGGUGGAGGUUCCCACGUAUGACUUCGUCACCCAUUCCAGGCUGCCAGAGAAGAUAUGCGUGUAUCCCGCCGAUGUGGUGCUGUUUGAAGGGAUCUUGGUGUUCUACACACAGGAAGUCAGAGACAUGUUCCACAUGAAGCUGUUUGUGGACACAGACUCCGACGUACGCCUGUCUCGCCGAGUUCUGCGUGACAUGAGAAGAGGUCGAGAUCUGGAGCAGAUUCUCACGCAGUACACCACGUUUGUCAAACCGGCCUUCGAGGAGUUCUGCCUUCCUACCAAGAAAUACGCCGACGUCAUAAUACCUCGUGGAGUUGAUAACAUGGUGGCGAUAAACCUGAUCGUGCAGCAUAUCCAGGACAUCCUCAACGGUGACAUCUGCAAGUGGCAGAGGGGUUCGGUCAACGGACACGCCCACGGGCGGAGUCUGAAAAGGGGCGUGGCCGAGCACAGCGAGAUAGCUUGCGGAGGCGGGAACAUGACGGCGAAACGCCCCCUACUGGAACCCAGCACGCGACCACAUUAACACGCAGCAGAAGAGAGUCAUACGAUCACAAAAAAAACCUGAAAGCUUGAAUUUUUCUGCAUGCUUCCAACAAACGGUCUCUCACAGGCUCUCUUUUCAUAGAAUUUAAAAGACUGACUUAAAAAAAAAAAACAUGAUUAUUUGAAUUUGAUGAAAAUGAUCACACCCUCAGGCCAUUCGAGGCGGGGAAAAUACUGGAGAGAUGUAGCAUUGCAUCAGUUAGUCAGCGAGGGGUGCUCUGCAGUGAAUGGGUGCCGUCAGAAAGAGAGUCCAAAACAAAAUAGAAAUAAUCCACAGCGCUCCAGUUCAGCGGUUACCAUCCCGAGAAGGGAGAAGUCGCACGUUCGCAACAAAAAAAAAUUGUCCAUAAUAAUGUUUUCUCUUAAGAAAAUGUUGUCACCUGAAUCUGGAGAGAAAUACGCGUUUGCUGAAGUUUAAGAACAUCUCGGAGAUUAUUUGUUUUGCUCAUGAGCAAACGCCUUUACGGUUCACAAGACGUUAUUCGAUGGAGCGGAGCGUAGUGUUUAUUAUCAGCUGUUUGGACUCCCGUUCCGACGGCACCCAUUCGCUGCAGAACAAGUCACGAAAGCUACGAAUCUGAUGAAGAAACAAACUCAUUCUGAGCACGUUUUGGGUGAACCGUUCCUUUAAGAACAGCCUUCUGCUGUUUAUCCGAGUCACCUGACCCUCAGCGUGACCUUUAACCUCUAGUCACGUCUUUCUCAAACUAUAUAUAUAUAUAUAUAUAUAUAUAUAUAUAUAUAUAUAUAUAUAUAUAUAUAUAAAAUAGUGAAUGUCCUACAUGUCACGACUGACGUGAAUCUGUCCUCCUGAUAUUAAUAAGGUCAGCACUAGUAAUAAAGUAAACGAGAUUGUACUUCCACCCGUAGAACACAAGUUGUUUGGUUGCUGUUAUCAAGUAUAACAUGCUUCAUUAAGGGCGUCACGAGUCCUGCUCAAUCAGGACAAAACCAAGUAAAACACUUCUAGUGAAUUACAGCGACAGCUUAGCAUCUCAAAGAUGAAUCUGUCUGUCGCCGACUCGUCUUAUUUUGAAUGUUGCGUGUCAUUUAUGUUGCUCUGUGAUUUCUUCCCAAAUGUGAAUAUUUUAAAAUAGUCCUUCAUUUGUAAUCAGAUUUUGCAUUUUUCUUGAACGCACUUUUUUUAAACAUUAAAGAGAACAUGCUUGUGACUAAACGGACACUGUGUUUGAUUCAACUUUCUCUUUACUGUAAAAAGCACCACAAAUGAAGCUAAAUGAUGGAAAUACCACGCUAGCUAAGCAUUUAAAUACAGCUAGCACGCUGCAUGUCCCACAAACAUGCUAUUACUUCCAGGUGUGCUAUUCAGAAAUCAUUCUAAUACACCGAUUUAAUAUUUCGAUGAAUAAAGUUCAAAAGCAUUUACAGCAUUAUCUUUUUACGUUAGAAACGGCUCUAGCGCCGUCUUUGAUCGAUUUAACGCACUGCUGAAUAAAAGCAAGACUUUCUUUAGUAAUGGUUCGACUACAGCUGCUUUUUGUAAACGCAAACAUACUAAAUGUAGAGUUAAAAGUAGACGUACGAUACAAAGAGAGCAGUUUUAUUGGUUGAAUAUACAGGACGUUAUAGGUAUAGCAGGGAAAAAUUCCCAGAAGUCGGUAAACAUCACACACACACACACGCACACACACACACACACACACACACACACACACACACACACACACACACACACACACACACACACACACACACACACACA